ACGUACGGAAUUAUAUCUGCUCUAUGAUGCGUCCGCAAUAUUGCCUUGUCUCGGAGAGUCUGCGUUGACGGACUCAGACAUUUCGAUCUCCGUCUCAGUCGGCUUCACCGGGAAACUCAGGCGGUUUUCACGACCUUCAAUGCACACAUACGCCUACAAGAAUGCCUCUAGAUUAUAGGACUGGACAUCAUUCUAUACGAUGUAUGCAAGAUGCUUCGCCACCGUGAUCAUCUACGUGAAAUCGAACGAGCGACCGCAAUACAUCUGUAGAGUAUGGGCUUCUCUCGGAGGUCCCGCUACUACCACUCACUCGCGGCAGCAUCGUCUCUCAAAAUGUCUCAGACCAGCAGUACUAGCUUCAAACCGACGACGUCACUGUAAGACUCGUGGAUCAUAUAAAUAGUCGUUGAUAUGUUCACUGUCUCCCUUUUACCCUGUUUUCGAGUGAGCGCCCAUAUCUUCGUCCCUAAGCGCUGAUCGCCAGCCCACAUUCCCUGCUAUCCUUUGAAGCCACUUAUCCUUGGACAAUUUUGUCAUCUCCCUCCGAGUACAUUGACGUCUCAGUAUGGCCAGCACCUUCUCCACUUGGACGCAGUCCUCCAACUCAAACGUCGACUUCAAGACAGGUUUUCUUGCUCCCCCUCCCACCCCAGUCAGGAUCAAGACUAACACCCGCACUGCUCGCGUCUAUAAUGGCCGCACUCAUCGUAGCCAAGCCCAUCCCCACCAUGGCCACACUCGCACCGCUCAACUCCCUCCGCCCCCGAUUCCGGUCCCCAUCCCCAUCAGAGCCAACAACCGGACAGGUCACGCGCACUAUGGGCAAACUCGUAACACUCCUACCGCCGCACCUCCCAGCACGAAAGUCAAGAAGGCCACGAACCCAUCGGCGCUGACCACCAGUUCUACCUCCACAAACGACACCUCCGACACUACCAAAACCACCACCUCGAUCGUCUCGCGUGCCUCCUCCGCCAUCUCCGCCAUGACCUUCCGCGCCGUCGCCUGGCUCUCCGAGGGCGUCCGUAUCUGCAUCAUCCUCUACAUCGCCAUGUUCUUCAUGUCUCUCUUCUUCAUGGUCUUCAGCUACGUGACGCCCGACAGGACACCCAUCGGUAGCGGAGGGAUGCUCGAUGCCAGCAAUCCCAAUUCCUCUUUCACCGGCAACAGCAACAGCCUCGGUUCAACGGGAACGAACGCAAGCGUGACUGGCUCGCCGUACGACCCUCCCAUGAACCUCGAUCCCACCUCCGAAGCGCGCCAUACGACGGAUUUCACGCCUUACGAUCCUAUCAUCACUACCACCGUAUUCAUCGUCAUCGCCGUUUCGCCGAUCUUGUUGGGACUGGGAUGGAUGGUCUAUGAUGCGAUUUUUGGGGGGUUUGAGAGGACGAGGGCGCUUUGGGUGAAUGUGAGGGCGGGGUGGAGGUGGAAGAUUGAUGGGAGGUGGUGGAGGUAUGGGAGGCUUGGAGAGAAGGCGGACGGGGAGGGGGAUGGGGAGGAGGGGCAGGGUGCGGGUGCGGGUGCGGGGAUGAGGGGGUGGGGGAGGGGGAGGGGGAGGGAGAAGGGUGGGGAUGAGGAGUCGGUGACGUAUAGCUAUACUAGAGAUCAGAGUCGAGACUGGAAUGUCUAG